AUGAUGCUGGACGCUACUAAGAAGGGCCUUUUGGCUCUUCUGUCUCUCUCUGGGGCAAGGCUCACAUCUGCCCAGAGUUCUGGGCGUCCUGGCUAUGGCCUCGUCGGCUAUCCCAUCAUCAUGUACCAGCCUGAGUGUGCACAUGCUUGCCGGUCUGCGUUGCCACGUUCGUCCAUUCCCUGCGACAUUCACCUCAAUGGUCAUCACAGCAGUACGGUGUCAGCCGAGUGCCUGGCCUUGAGCGAGCCGUACCUAUUCUCGGCUGCUUGGUGCAUAUACACACAUUGUCCGGACGAGAAUGUGGCCGUCUCGACACUGGAAACGUUUUGGGAGACUGAACUAGUAGGACGAGAGUUGGACCAGCCAAAGAUCCUGACGGCAAGUGAGUCAUUCGGAUCGCUUGCUCUGGUGAAAAACGAGCCGCCAACCACUAUACUACCGAAAAAGACGGCAUUCAAUAGAACGACUCUUGUCAGCGAAGAAUCCUAUACCGCGGCUUGGAAUGGAAACACAGCUUUCGAACAUACGGAAAUAAACCAUCAGAAACUAUCCCUCAUUGUCCUAGUCACAGGAGCCGGAAUCCCCAUCCUACAGUCACUGCUCCGGUUCAUACCCUUCCCUACCACCUUGGUUGACAAAUUCUAUGGCUACUUCAUUGAGCCUCCCCUGUUUGGAGGAUGCCACGCGAGUCCGAUACUAGGUCUAGGACUCGUCCCAACCAGAGGCCAGCCUCUGUUCAUUCUAUACCUGAUUGCCAUCAAUGUCAUAUUUGUGGCAAUCGGAUAUAAGCCUCGUCAACCAAACUCCUGGUGGGAACAUGGUCUCUGGGAGGAAAUCCUCAAUUAUGUGGCAAACCGUACCGGGAUGCUGAGUUUUGCCAACCUGCCACUUGUGAUCCUGUAUGCCGGUCGCAAUAACGUUCUUCUCUGGUUGACCAGCUGGUCAUACUCCACCUUCUUGUUAAUCCACCGCUGGGUUGCCUUUCUCUGUGUGCUUCAAGCCGCCAUUCACUCGGCUCUAUGGUUACAUAUUCAUGUAGGGAUCUCUCAAGACCAUAGCGAAAUUGCCGCUAUCCCUUACUGGUACUGGGGUAUCAUCGCGACGCUGGCCCUCGUCCUCAUUCUCCCUUUCUCCCUGCUGCCAAUCCGUCAGAAAAUGUACGAGUUCUUCCACACGGCGCAUAUCAUUCUCGCGGUUCUUUCCAUUGUCGGAUGUUGGUAUCACAUCAUCUACCGCUACAAACGUCAAUGGGGAUACGAAAAUUGGGUCAUCAUGACUUCUGUCAUCUGGGCCUGCGAUUGGGUCCUGCGAGCGGUAAGAAUGACUGGAAAUGGAGUUAAAAGGGGAUAUAUUACUAAACUAGGCGUUGAAUACAUCCGCCUGGAUGUGCCUGGCCUGAACUGUCCAGGUCACGCUUACAUGUACUUCCCUACUCUUACGUGGCGAGUUUGGGAAAGUCACCCCUUUUCGGCAAUCGGUGUCUCCCAACUCACAGGUCUUGACACAGGUUCAAACAAUUUGCAACUUCCUGAACCUACGGCCCCCGACUCCGAAAAGGCCCUUGGAUUGACGAAUGUCGUUACUACAGGCGAAACCUCGUCAUCCACCUCGCCACAGGGGAUUGAUUCAGCUGCUCAUGCAACAAAAAUAGGAGUAAGCUUCUUCAUUCGCGUUGAAAAUGGUACAACAUCUCUUCUCGCAGCCCAUGCCGGUGAAACCGAAGGAAUACCUCUAUUCGCUGAGUGCUACAACCAUCAGUCUGUUCUCCGUCAUGAUCCUCAUGGCCAACCAACUCCAAGUCACCCAAAUCUUGUUUUUGUUGCAGGUGGCGUAGGAAUUACUGCGGUUUUGCCAGAACUCGCUGCAUCGCGAGUCCUUUUCAAUAAACCAGUCGGCAGGAGAACGCUCUAUUGGGGUUUACGUGAAGAGGGUACAGGGCUCUUGAAGGCUGUGGAAGACAUGAUUGGGGGGCGGGAGGAGUACAAGGGAGGGCCCAAGGAAGUCAAAGGAGAUCGGGAAAGCCACAGCCAAACUGAACGGAGGUGGGGUGAUGUUGAUGUUCAUAUCAGGGUUGGGCAAAGGUUUGACUUCAGGGCUGUGAUAGAGGCGGAGCUAGCCGCAACUCAUAGCCAAGGAGGCACCGUGAUCCUCGUCUGUGGCCCUCGAGGGAUGGCAGACGAGGUCAGAAUGGUUGUUACUGCACAUAAGAGAAAGGGUGUUGCUCUCAGGCUAGUUGAGGAAAGUUUCUCUUGGUGA